AGUCUAAAAAAUAGGCCCAUCAUUCUCAUCUUCCUCUCUCUCAGUCUUCACGCCGGCUCCUCCUCCUCGCCGCCGCGGCUAUCCCGUUCUGACCAGGCCGUCGCCGCCGAUGCCUGUCGCAAUUUGUUUUGCCGUCUGCCCGUCGCACGCCACCAUCGGCCUCUUCUUUCCGUUGCAUACUUCUGCUUUCGUCGGCGACUAUCAAUGAAUUCGAACCAAAUCGAACCGGAUUCCAAUCCUAGCUGCGCCUCGUGAAAGAAAGCAUUUUGUUGCCGUGAAAUUACCCUAUCAAUGGCUCUCUUUCGAAUCUUUUACCCCCGACCAUCAUCAUUUCGAUUCAAGAUCUCCACCUUAUCUACCUUGCAGCUAAGUACAGUCUCUUCUGCCGAUUUAUUUUAUGACCAUCUGCAGAAAAAGAAUGGUAAUGUGGAGAAAACCCUUGCUACUGUAAAAACCAAGUUGGAUUCCAGAUGUGUCAACCAAGUAUUGCAUAAAUGUUCUUUGGAACUGUCCCAAAUGGGUCUUAGAUUUUUUAUAUGGGCUGGUCGACAACCUAAUUAUAGGCAUAGUUCUUUUAUGUACACUAGAGCUUGUGAACUGAUUGGACUUAAUCGAAGUCCAUGUUUGCUUUUUAAUGUUAUUGAAGAUUAUAGAAGGGAGGGUUGCCUUGUUGAUAUUGGGAUGUUUAAGGUUAUUUUAAAUUUGUGUAAAGAAGGUAAGCUUGCCAAAGAGGCUUUGUCGAUAUUAGGGAAAAUGGCUGAAUUUCAUUUGCGUGCUGAUACUACAAUGUAUAAUCUGGUCAUAAGGUUAUUUACUGAGAAGGGAGAGAUGGAUAAGGCGAUGGAGUUGUUGAAAGAGAUGGAUUCAGUUGAUAUUGAUCCUAAUAUGAUCACUUAUAUUGCCAUGCUCAAAGGAUUCUGUGAUGUGGGUCGUCUGGAGGAUGCUUAUGGAUUAUUUAAGGUUAUGAAGGACAAUGGAUGUGCACCCAAUACAGUGGCUUACUCCGUGCUACUUAAUGGUGCCAGUCGACAUGGGGAUCUGGAAAAGCUAAUGGAAUUGUUGGAAGAGAUGGAAAAACAAGGGGGAACUUGCGGUCCAAAUACUGUCACGUACACUUCCAUAAUCCAGAGUCUAUGUGAAGUAGGCCAGCCUCUGGAGGCAUUGAAGAUAUUGGACAGAAUGGAAGACUUUGGUUGUGCUCCAAAUCGUGUUACAGUUAGCGUGUUAGUAAAGGAAUUUUGUAAAGAUGGUCACAUGGAGGAGGCUUAUAAGUUGAUUGAUAGAGUUGCUGCAAGAGGUGGUGCUUCCUAUGGUGAUUGCUAUAGCUCACUUGUAAUAUCCUUGAUCAAGAUGAAAAGGAUUGCCGAGGCAGAGGAGCUAUUUAGAAACAUGUUAGCCAAUGGGGUGAAGCCCGAUGGCGUGGCUUGUACUCUCAUGAUCAAGGAAUUGUGCUUAGAGGAGCGAGUGGUAGAUGGUUUUAACUUAUGCAACGAAGUCGAUAGGAAUGGAUAUUUAUCUUCCAUUGAUUCUGAUAUUUAUUCUCUUCUUUUAGUUGGACUUUGUGAGCACGACCACUCUGUGGACGCUGCAAAACUUGCAAGGUUGAUGCUUCAAAAAGGGAUUCGUUUAAAACCUCACUAUGCUGAAAGUAUCAUCAAACAUGUGAAAAAAUUUGGAGACCAAAAUUUAGUUAUGCAUUUGGGUGGAAUAAGGGAAUGACAAGCAAAUCCUUCCAAGAACCUAAUAUGGUUUAGAACUAAGGUUCUUAGCAAGCUUCAGUUGAUUAGAAACAACAAACAUAUUGGUUGUUUAGCCAUAGUGUAGAUAUGGAUGUCAAACCAGUCUCAAUUGUUGGUUACAAGUCGAGAGAUGACUAUGUGACCUUGUGAUCCUCAUGAGUGUUUCACUUUACUGAUUGCUGGAAAGGUAUGACAAAAGUCCUUCCUAACCACAAAUCAAAUCGUACGUGUUAGAGGUUACGAGUUCUAUUUUGAUCGUGUACCUGAAGUACAUCUUACUAGUUUCUCAAAUUUCAAUAUUGUCAGGUCAAGUGAAGAUGCGUUUAAAAUUUCGAUAUAGCCAACCUGAAGCACGUUCAAUAGCGGUGCUAAGCAACGCUGCCCUGUAUUCACAAGCUUAGUGCCACCCAAGGUCCUACGGCAGAUUGUGAAUUGUUGAUGUCUUAUUUGUUGAGAAGAGCAUUUCGAGAGUGUACAUAAGCCUUUGACACUCGUUUGUGCCUCUUUCCCUUAUUGACGUUUGACUUGGCCCUGACUUCUGCAACAUAGUUUGCAUCCGUUUGAGUAAAUGAAUCGAAGAAUCGAAGAGCGUAUAUGGUAUUCACGAGCCAUACGUAUUUAGGGAUGUUCAUUUUUCUGGUGGAAAAUGGGAGAGUUUUUGAGUUGACUAAAUGCGGACAGAGAAGUAAAAUACAUUCAUCAUCCCUUUUUCUG